UGUGGGUCUGAUGUCCUUAUAGUUAGCGCUACGGAAGUUGAACAGUCAGAAUCUGACUGUGAUAUCAGUGGGGCACUUGAAGCUGAUUCUCAGAGUGAGCCUUCCACGCUUGUCACUUCACCAGAGGGCCUUGUAGGUCAGCAUACAGAAAAUAUCUCUUCACAAAGGAAAGGGAAGAGGACAAAAUCGGAAUUUGAUCCCAAAAUUUCUGCAAGCGAGCAAAAGACAGCUCCAAAGUCUGCUUUGAAUGCUUCGGGUAACAUAAGAGCAGAGAGAAAAGCAGGAGAAAUUGACCCUACUUCUGUAAUAACCCCAAAGGACCCAGGAGAUAUUCCCACAUUUGAUGAAUGGAAGAAGCAGGUUAUGGAAGUGGAAAAAGAAAAGAGUCAGUCAAUGCAUCCCUCUUCCAAUGGAGGUCAACAUCUUACCAAAAAAGUCCAAAAAAAUAGGAAUAAUUACGCUUCAGUUGAGUGUGGUGCCAAAAUACUGGCAGCUAACCCAGAAGCAAAGAGUACAUCAGCAAUAUUAAUGGAAAAUAUGGACCUCUAUAUGCUAAAUCCAUGCAGUACUAAAAUCUGGUUUGUUGUUGAAUUGUGUGAGCCCAUUCAAGUAAAGCAGCUGGAUAUUGCUAAUCAUGAGUUAUUCUCAUCCACUCCCAAGGAUUUUCUGGUUUCUAUCAGUGACAGGUAUCCAACAAAUAAGUGGGUCAAACUAGGUACUUUUCAUGCCAGAGAUGAAAGAAAUGUCCAGAGUUUUCCUCUGGAUGAACAGAUGUAUGCAAAAUAUGUAAAGAUGUUCAUCAAGUAUUUAAAGGUGGAGUUGGUAUCGCAUUUUGGAUCAGAACAUUUCUGUCCUUUAAGCCUUAUAAGGGUAUUUGGAACUAGUAUGGUUGAAGAAUAUGAAGAAAUUGCUGAUUCACAGUAUCAUUCUGAAAGACAAGAACUGUUUGAUGAAGAUUAUGAUUAUCCUUUGGACUAUGAUGUAAGAGAAGAAAAAUCUUCAAAAAAUCUACUUGGUUCUGCCACAAAUGCCAUUUUAAAUAUGGUGAAUAUUGCUGCUAAUAUACUUGGAGCAAAAACUGAAGAGGAAACUGCAGAACAAGGAAACAAGAACAUUUCUGACAACACAACUGCCACUUCCAGAGCAACACCAAAACUGCCAGAGCCAACUACUGUUCCUUCUUUAGAACUUGUUUCUCCAGAAACACCACAGACUGAAAAGGAGAUGUUAGUUUUGGAAAUAACAGGAGAGAGACCAAUUGUUCAGCUUGUCCAUGAAUAUGAGGAAGAAGUCAGUCAGUCAACAGUGACCCUGCUGCCAAGUGAUGAACAAGAAGAGGAAAUAUCAUGGUUUGAGCAUGAAACACAGAUCUAUUGUUAUGAUCUGAUCACAGCCUGUUGUAUUUCUAGUUUUUCAGAAUACAUAUUCAAGUGGUGUUCAGCAAUAGCAGUUCUCCAUCACCCCCACAGUAGAACUGAUACCAUUUUGGAAGAACAUAAUUCUGUUACUGUUUCACAGAUACAGCUAGUUCCAACCAAAUCAUUGCAUACUUUGGAACAUGAGCAUUCUUCAGAGAUACCAGAUGUCUUAAUUGUAGACCUAUCUGAAACUGCAAUAGGUGUUCUAAGUAGCGUGUUAGAUGAGGCUACGGUUAAUCAGACUGAAGUUACCUUUGAACUGGAGCCCAGUCAUCCGCAGACUGUGUCACAGUCCAUCCUCUUAGAUGUUACAACAGGAACCACAUCACCAUCUACAAUAGAGGUGUCCUCUGAGCCUACAAAAUAUGAAACUGUAUCUGAAAGUCCAGAGAUUCUUUCCCAAGAGGAAAUUCUUGCUGAAGAAGAUAGAAUUGUAGUAUCUCUUACAGAGAAACCUUCUACAUCCAGUAUUGUAACUGAAUUCAGGGUGAUGAACACAGAAGAAAAAAUCUCUACCGAAACUGCUUCAAAGCCAACAGAAAUUGUUCCACCGUCUGAAUGUACAGUAGCCAUAGAAAGCUAUGGUGUAGAAACAAAAGUUAGUUCUUCAGAAACAGAAAAGCAAGAGGUGUCACUUGUGGAAUCGCCAUCUUUGGAAAUAAAAGAAGAUGAGCAGACUGUUGAGGAAACAUUUCUUGCAAUUUCCGUUUCUGGUGGGUUGCCAAGAACUGCCACCGACUUUUAUGCUGAACUACAGAAUUCCACAGACUUAGGCUACGCAAAUGGGAAUCUUGUUCAUGGGUCAAAUCAAAAAGAGUCUGUUUUUAUGAGACUCAAUAAUCGCAUUAAAGCCUUGGAAGUAAAUAUGUCUCUCAGUAGUCGCUACUUGGAAGAACUAAGUCAGAGGUAUCGAAAGCAAAUGGAAGAAAUGCAGAAGGCUUUUAAUAAAACAAUAAUAAAGCUUCAGAAUACUUCAUGCAUAGCAGAACAGCAGGAUUUGAAACAGACAGAGGCCAUCCAGCUUCUGCAGGCUCAACUAACAAACAUGACACUUGUUGUUUCCAAUCUGUCAUCAACAGUAGCUGAACUAAAAAGAGAGGUUUCAGAUCACCAGAGUUACCUUGUGAUUUCUUUGAUAUUCUGUGCCAUCCUAGUUUUUAUGUUUUUUCUGCAACGUUGCAAAAACAAGCCAGAAUUGAAUAAUGAUUACUUCUCAAAAGUUCUCAAAAGUAAUCACUAUCCUAGUCCCAAAAGGUGUAUUUCCUCCUAUGAUGAUAUGAACGUGAAAAGAAGAACCUCCUUUCCACUCACAAGGUCUCAGUCUUUUCAGCUAAACAGCAAAGAAGUGGACCCAGAUGACUUCUACAUUGUAGAACCAUUGAAGUUUUCCCCAGAAAAAAAGAAGAAGCGUUGCAAAUAUAAAAAUGAGAAAAUUGAAACAGUCAAGCCAGUAGCUGAGCCAAUGCAUCAGGUAGCUAAUGGAGAAAUAAAAAGCAAGAAGACUUUUACAAAUCAGAGAGACUUCUCUAAUAUUGGUGAUGUGUAUCACUUUUUGUACAAAGGCCCCCCAUCAGAAGGAAGCUCAGAAACCUCAUCACAAUCCGAAGAGUCCUACUUCUGUGGCAUUUCAGCAUGCACAGGUUUGUGCAAUGGGCAAAUCCAAAAGACAAAAACUGAGAAGAGAACUCUUAAACGAAGACGAUCUAAAGUCCCAGAACAGGAGAAGCUCAUAAAAACUUUAAUACAGACUAAGACGGGGUCCUUGCCAAGCUUGCACGAUAUCAUCAAAGGAAACAAAGAUUUAACUGUGGGAACAUUUGGUGUCACAGCUGUUUCUGGACACCUUUAAAUUUUAUUGAACUCUUCAUAGUGGAAGUUUUUGUAUGACAAAUUCUGUUGUAUUUGGGUGAUAGGGUAAAAGAGAAUAUUGGGGAGCAUCUAGAUUUUUUGGUGGUUAUUUUGAAAACAAGUAGCAUUGUGUCAACAAUUUUUCAAAGCUGCUUUUUUAUAUCAGUUUUCCCCAACCAGUGUUCUACACAAUUCCCAUUAUCCCCUGUCAGCAUGCCUAGUACUUGCUGGUCAGGGAUUAUAAGAAUUCCAAAGUAUCCAGGGGGCAGCUGAUUGUGGAAAGCUAUUCAAUAACUGGGGGAUGGAUGAAGACUGGGACAUGGGGACUAAUUUUAUACAGUGUUUUUUAGAAACUAAGGUCAUGAACCCAGUUUAAACUGAACAGAGUUAAAGCACGAGGAUCCCAUUUUGCUAUGGUUCUGUUUCUUGCACCUUUCCAUAUUUAUGUGCCUUUUGUAUAUUUGUAAUAUCCCUGGGGGGGAAACAUUGAUUUUCAAAGUUAUGUCAUGUGGGAAUAUAACACUACGGUGUCAUAGAAUCAUAUUUAGGCCUCUAGUGAGGAUAAAUUAUAUGACUUGGAUACCACAAAAAUAUUGUCAGGUAGACUUUCUUUCUCUGUAGGUAAUAAUUAAUGUUACUCCUUGAUGGAACCAUACCUCUGGAAGAUGUGAAGCUCACUUUCAAACUAAGUUAACAGGAAUAAUCAGCAUGGUGGUCUUUAAUUUUCUUUAAUUGUCUUCCUGUUCUAAGAAAUUGAGAGAAGAACCAGUUGCCUCCAUUCUGGAUAAAAUCAACCGUCAGUAGAAACACAAUAGUGAAUUUAAUGCUUGACACAAUCUGUAUUCUGUUCCAAAAAUAUGUCCAUUUUUUUGUAUUUGAUAACACAAAUGUGCUGUGUGUGUGUGAAUGUGUAUGUGCUUUUUCAUUUGACUUAAUUUUUAUUGUGUAGCUGAAAUGCGAGUACAUCAGGCUGAAUGGAUAGGGAAGGUCUUUGGGGGGAGUUUCAAGAUGAUGUUGUAUAAGUUAACUUAUUGAGCACUUUCAAUAGUGCCUCCUUGUUUUCUUUUCUUAAAAGAGCUAAUGCCUUUUCUAAAUUUCAUAUGUAAUGUGACUUAUUUAAAAGUCUUUGUUUAGCAGCUUUCAUGUAAGUUUGGGUACUUUUUACAGUGAUAUACUUAGUCUACACCGCUAAUGAGAUGGACUUUUUAAAAGAACAUGAAUUGAGAAGUGGGCCCAAACCAGAAUGAGAGUCAGAAGGGUUAGACUGUGUGAAUCAUACAAAAUUGUGGCACUAGGACAUGUAAUAAAGAACAGAUUUAUGGUGCCAGUAGAAACUGUGAAUUUCAAAAUAAAUUUGAACACUUGUAUUUAAAA